ACAGGUGAGUCCAGCAUGCCGCUGCACGUCACGGACUUCACCUGGACCCAGACGGACUCGGCGGUCCACGUCUGUGUUCCGUUAAAGGGAGCGAAGACCGGAAGUGUGGACGUGGUGUCAACAGACGAGUACCUGAAGGUCCACUUCCCUCCGUUCCUCUUCGAGGCCUUCUGGUUCCGGCCGGUCGUCGACGAGCGAAGCUCAGCAAAGAUCUCAGACGGAGUCGCCGUCUUCACCUUACCGAAGAGAAGCCAGCAGGUCUGGGAGCGCCUGAUGAGAAACACAGACGAUAAAGAAACGAGGAGGACGAUCAGAGAAAGAGCUCUGAAGGAGCAGCAGCUGAAAGUUUCUGCAGAGAACAAGCGGAGAGCAGAGAACCUCCAAGCAGAGAGGAGGUUCGCUGUGGAGGCCACGAUGAAGCUUGAAAAUGAGGAAAGGGACCAAAUCCAGAAGAUGAAGGACGCAGAGCGGGAGAGAACGACAGUGGAGCUGGCAGCCUGGCAGAACCAUCUGAACCAAGCCAGAACCAGAACAACGGGACCAGAACCUGAACCCACCAGUCCUGGGAGGAACCAGCUGGACGCAGAGAAGAAGAAAAACUGGGUCGAGGUUCCUCCUCUGAGGCCCGGCAGAACCAUUGGGGUCACCUUCACCCCCCGAGACUUCCCAACGGCGCUCAGAGAGUCCCGAGUCCCGGAGGAGGAGGAGUGGUUGAGGAAACAAGCCGAAGCCCGACGAGGGGUCGGCUCCGACCUGACGGAGCUGAAGGACCUGACGGAGGAGGAGAAGAACCCUGACUGGCUGAAGGAGCGAGGCGAUAAGUGUUUCCGGAGCGGGGACCAUCUGGGAGCUCUGAACGCCUACAGCCUGGCCCUGAGGCUCAACAACAAGCUCCCCGCUCUGUACUCCAACAGGGCCGCCGUCCACCUGAAGCUCAGGAACCUCCACAAGGCCAUCGAGGACUGCUCUCAGGCGUUGGACCUGUUGUCUCCGGUCGUCGGUGCCAACGCUGCAGCCAGACUUCGAGCCAGUGUCCGGCGAGGAUCUGCCUUCUGCCAGCUGCAGCUCUACGCCGAAGGGCUACAAGACUACGAAGCUGCUCUGAAGAUUGACCCUCAUAACGAGGCGCUGCAGGAGGACGCCCAGAGAAUCAGAGACAUCAUCCAGGGUUCUGCAGCUGGACAGACAGAAAGAUGGACAUGA